UAAAUACUUGCAAAAGUAGAGAGAGACAGAGAGAGAGAGGCAUGAACAAAACAUGCAAAAAAAAAAAAAAAAACCGCAACUUAUACGCAUCUCCUGCACAAAGCCUAAUCUCUCCCAUGAAAAGAUCAAACUUGUUUCCAUUAAUAAGAUGGCCGAGAACACCAGUAACCCCGCCACCGCCACCACUGCCGCUGAAGCUGUGACCACCAUAGUCGCCGCAGUCCAAGAAGAGAUGAAGCCGCCACAAGAAGCUUCUAAAGAAGCUCCGAUCGUCACGGCGGACAAGACGAGGCCAGUGAGGAUCAUCGUAGGCUCGAUGGCCAUCCUCACCUUCCUCCUCUCCCUACCCGUCUUAGCCUCGGUCAUAUGGCUCCUCUACAUGAAGGGCUACGACUGCGAGGGCCUCCUGAGGCUGCCGAAGCUCCAGACGGGGAUCGGCGUCGCACUGCUCUUCGUAUUCCUGAUCAGCAACCUCGUGGUGUUCCUGAGGGCCAAGGUGCACGCCCUAGGCCUCCUCGUGGUCAUGGUUCCUCUGAUCUUGAUGCUCACCAUGGGCCUCGCCCUGGUGGGCGAUUACAAGGACGAGAGCAAGGCUGUGAUAGGGUCCCCAACGUGGCUCAAGAACAAGGUCUACAACGACAACAACUGGAAUUACAUCAAGUCCUGCAUCUACGACUCGAGGACGUGCGACGAUCUGGCAGCCCGGUCACUCAGCCUCGAGCAGUACGACUUCAGCGCGAGGAAGUUGUCCCCGGUCGAGUUCGGUUGCUGCAGGCCCCCAGUGAUCUGCGAAAUGGAUUACGUGAACGCCACGUACUGGAGGAGGAACGACCACCUCGGGGCCGGCUCCGACGAGGACUGCGACACGUGGCAGAACGACGAGGACGUCCUGUGCUACGAUUGCAUGGCGUGCAAGGACGGGUUCCUGAAAGUAGUGAGGAACAAGUGGUGGAGACUGGGGCUGUUCCUGGUGUUGAUGUCGCUCUUGCUCAUCGCUGCCCACUUGCUGCUGUUCAUCGCCACCGUGUGGGAGCGAUUGGGAGGAAUGUGACCACCUCCUUUGAAGUUCUUGUCGUCUCUCUCUGUUCUAAUGUUGAGAU